AUGCCUUCAUGUGUAUUCAGAAGAUGCAAGAAUUAUACAGCCACUGUUAAAACUAAAGAUAUAUCUUUUCAUGAUAUACCCAAAGAUGAACUGAUAAAAGAGACGUGGUUAAAGUUAAUUAGAGCAGAAAGGUGUGAGAAUGACUGGCUGCCAACUGCGUACUCCACAGUUUGCUCCGAACAUUUCCUAGCUAGUGACAAAUAUCUUACGAAAAAAAAUCAAAGGAGACUAAAGAAGACCGCAAUUCCUGUUUUAAAGAUUGGUAACAGUUCACAGCCAGAUGGAAAUAGUGGAACAAUACAAUUGCCAGAGGCCAAAGAAAUCAUCACCAGCGUGUACCGCUAUCUCCAAACCGAGUACGAGUACUUAAAGAGUAAAAUCGACAGUAAUUGCGACCUGACUCCUUUGGGUAAUAUCCUCAAGCGUACUGCAGAAGCCACUGGCGUCAGUGAACAGACCGUCACAUCACUCUUGGAGAAGGGCAAGCGUCCACUGGAGUCCACACAAAAGACUGUUCAAAGAAAACGUGCCAAGUCCAGUUCCUGCUUCGAGGAUGAUGAUGUAAGUCCGGUCGAGGAAGAGUCAAGUUCUGAGGAGAAAUCCGAAGGUCAUCACUCAGAUGAUGGUCAAAAAGCGCAAAGUAGUCAGAAGAUGGAGACGGGGAAAGUGGAAGUUGAAGAUGAUGACGAGGACCACAGGGAUGCUGUAAUGGAAAAGUUUAGGGUGGAUAUUGAAGUGACAUCUUGCGAAACGGAGUCUGCAGUUCUGAACUUACUGUCAACAACACACUCUGAUGUAACGGAUGAACCUGUCGACUAUCAUCAGCAGACGAGCUCCGCUGUUCAACACCUGCUGUCUUCGGAACAGAGUGAGAUAAACGAAGAGUCCAGCGAUAUUGAAAGCUGGCAAUCGACAUCAGCUGUGUCCCAUGCACCUCCUGACGCAGUACCUGACCCCCUGAAGACAGAACUCUACGAUGACGAUUAA